CAGAGGCACAAAGAAGGUGUAGCUUCUGAGCUGAAUGAUGACAACAUUGCAGAGUAAAGAAUAUGGGAAAGGACCAAAGAAAACCUUUGCCCCACCUGCACAAAAAUUGCAUAGCCUGAUGCCCUGUAGCUCCAACUCACCCAAGGAGGAGACCCUGGGGAUUAGUACCUCAGAGACAGAGGACAAGCCAAGCCUGCCAAAGGCCAGGUUAAAGAAGAAGGAGAAGAAAGCAACCACAGAGAAUAAUCCAAGCAGUGGCCAGGAGAAAAAAGGAAAGGCUCAAGACAACAAGCAAGCAGAGAAGAAAGAAAAGGAAAAAUCAAGUCUUACCAAUGCAGAAUUUGAGGAGAUUAUCCAGAUUGUGCUACAGAAGUCCCUCCAGGAGUGCUUGGGGAUGGGAUCUAGCCUUGAUUUUCCAGAGAUUUCCUGUGCCCAGCCCAUAAGAUGUACCCAAUUAGACAAGGAACCAGGAAUUGCUUCUUCUACUACUGAUAAUGAUAAUGCUGAUGGAGAUAUGGUAAUGGUACCUCGUAUUCUAGAAAUUUCAGCUUCUCAGGAAGAUGGAAUAAUCCCUGAGAUAAAGACAUCUAAGCCAGGCCAGCCAGAUCCUGCACCCUCUGAAAAGAAAUUCAAUAGACUCUCCUCAAGCAAAAGGAAGAAAGAAGCUCAUGAGAAAAUGGAGAAAGCCCAAAGUGGACAUGACCACAGACAGAAAGACCAACUGAAAAAAGCAGUUCAGGAUAAUUCUCAGAUCAGGGACCAACAAAAAGGAGAGGGAAGUGGUUUUGGUCAAUGCCUAGUCUGGGUCCAGUGUUCCUCCCCGAACUGUGAGAAAUGGAGGCGGCUUCGUGGGAACAUUGACCCCUCAGUCCUUCCAGAUAGUUGGUCCUGUGACCAGAAUACAGACUUGGAGUAUAAUCGCUGUGAUGUCGCUGAGGAGACCUGGACAGGGCAUGAGAGUGAUGUGGCCUAUGCCUCCUACAUCCCAGGAUCCAUCAUCUGGGCCAAGCAAUAUGGUUACCCCUGGUGGCCAGGCAUGAUAGAAUCUGAUCCUGACCUGGGAGAAUAUUUUCUUUUUGCUUCUCAUCUUGAUUCCCUGCCGUCUAAGUACCAUGUGACAUUUUUUGGGGAAACAGUCUCUCGUGCUUGGAUCCCAGUCAACAUGCUAAAGAACUUCCAGGAGCUGUCCCUGGAGUUAACUGGAGUGAAAAAGUACAGGAACAAGGACUGUAGCCAGAAACUGGGGGCAGCCCUGAUGAUGGCUCAAGAGGCAGAAAAGACCAGUAUUCAGGAGCGGGUUAACGUGUUUGGUUUCCAGAGACGAUACAAUGGAUCAGACAAUAGUGGAGAAGGAAAAGACUUAAUGCUCUCUGGAGCUAACAGCCCAGAUUCCUGUUUGGAAAAAGAAGAGGAAGAGUCAGAGGUAGAGGAGGAGAAGGAAGAGAAAAAAGACCCAACUUUGCCCAGUCCCACGCCAGCCAAAAUUCAGACCAAAAAAGCCAAGGCAGAAAUAAACAAAUAUCCUUCAUGGUUGGUGGGUGGGGGUGAUGUAGGCAUAGGAGAUCGACGAGAUGGAACUCCGCAAAGGAAGAAAAUGAAGAGAUCUCUGGGAAAUGAGUCUCCAGCUCCUCCUGUACCCAUAAUGGGAAGGAAAGAAGGGCAUGGGAAUUCAGACCCGGAUCAGCCAGGCCCUAAGAAAAAAUUUAAAGCUCCCCAAAGCAAGGCCUCUGUAACCAGCUUGUCUGAGGAAAAAGAAGCUAUAAUGGUGCCAAAGGGCCGGACCCCACCAGCUCAUCACGGAGCCUGUCCCGCGGUGGGGAAAGAAGGGCCUGGACCCCAGAAACCACCGCCUCAAGAGGCUGGAAGUUUCCCCCCUGACGAUGAAGCCUUCAGUGACUUAGACCUGGACCAACUCAUGGAAGAUGUUGGAAAAGAGCUGGAGCAGAGGGAGGAGCCGCAGCAGAGAGAGGACGCAGAGGAUUUCCCCAUGGCCUUCUUUGAGGAAUAGUUGUGUGUUAAUGUCUGCUUCCUGCUGUCUCACCCUCCUUCCUUGGAGCAAGAGGGGCAGCCUCUCAGAGGGUCCCUGAGAAGCUGAUAAGUGUUGAGGUUGUUCAUUGGCUACAAGGUUAAUUGGCUAAAGUCAGAGUGGUACAGUUUAUGUGUUAAUAAAACAGGUUAUGGUUUAAUCAGUUUGAUUCGUGUCUAACCAGAUGCUUCCUUUUGGCUUCUCUCCCUCCUCCUCCAUGUCACUGUGUCACAUCAUUGUUCCUGGGGAGAGGCGUGCACAGUGUAGGGAUCUGGGAAGGCAGUGACACCUGAGUCCUGGGAAGGACAUGGAGAAGGGCAGAUCUGGGUUCAACUCCUGGCUCAGCCACAUACUAGCUAUGUGGCCUUGGGAAAAGCACUGUAACAUUCUGGUUCUUGUUUUCAUGCCUCUAGUGAGCAUAGCCAAUACCAGGUUGUUGAUGAUGUUGAAAUGAGGUGAUGCAUGUGAAGCGCUUAACACGAUGCCUGCUACUUAUUAUCGUAAGGGAAGGAGAGUGGUUAGAUUGGGGGUGGCCCUUGGGUUCUGGGCUGUCUACCAGUGUUGGGGAUUAUUGUUCCCUGGCCUGAGGCAGUCGCUGAACAGAAGUACUGGAGGAAGGAUCUUGGUGUGAGCUCUCUAGAGUUCAUUUUUG